AUGGCCGCUCCCUGGCACCUCUUGCCCUCUGCUGUGCCUCACAAUGCGGUUCUUGUGCGGGAUCUAGAGACACGCCAACUCCGCGUCAUCAAGGAAAUCAAGGCACAAAAUCGCCAGGAGCUCGAGGAGGCCCUGGCUGAAGCUAGCCUCCAUGCUACCCUGACCCAUGAAAACAUCAUCCGCUACCGGGAGGUCUUCAAGGCCGGUAGCCGAACUAUUUUUAUUGUUAUGGACUAUGCACCAAACGGUGACCUCAAUGGCCGCAUUGAGCGACAGAAACGGUCCCAUCGCCCUUUUCCCAUGGAGAAGGUUCUGGUGUGGCUCGCCCAAAUCAUCAAAGCCCUCCAUUACCUCCACCGCCAGAACAAAAUUCACCGCGAUAUCAAGGCUGCCAACAUCUUUCUCAACGAAAGCGAUGACGUUGUACUUGGUGACUUUGGCAUUGCUCGCGUCCUGGAUGCCAACGCUGCAAGAAUUUCGGCGCGCACGUGCAAAACACCCGUGGGCACACCCAUGUACAUGUCACCAGAGCAGGCCAGCGCCAAGGAAUAUGGCCAGGCCGUGGACAUUUGGGCCCUGGGCUGCGUGCUCUAUGAGAUGCUCAUGUUUAAACCCGCAUUUAUUGCUCAGUCUAUGGAUGGCCUCAUGAGCCGCAUUCGGCGCGGUCGCUUCGACCGCAGCUUUCCUCCUGAAGUUCCUGUCGAACUACAAGAACUUGUUUGCGCCAUGCUCAACGUUGACCCUCGCGCCCGGCCCACCAUCCGCGAACUCAUCGCCAAUCCCCUGAUUGAGCCUUACGUCAAGGAACCAGCCCCUGCAAGCGCAAAAGCAGCCCAACCUGAGGCACCGGCAGCUCCCACGAGCCGAACCUCCACUCAAGGCUCCGUGCCAUCUCUGCAUGUCCACGUGGCUGACGCCAAGCCUCGCCCCGCUGCGCAGUUGGCUCCCCUUCAACAACCCCGUGGCCGUGUUCUGGGCGCUCUGCGCGUACCCAGUCAAGUCAACGUGACCGAAGACCCUCCCGGGGCAGCCGGGGCCCACCCUCCAGCGGGAACGCCGGGAAAUGAUGAGCACCACCGCAAGUCGCCGACGGAGAAUCGCGCCAAGGCCGUACGAGAUGCUAGCCGCCACCGGGCCAUCAACCUUGAACACCAACAAAUACGCCGCAACAGUGAUUUUAUUGAUGGUCGGACGCCAGGCUCCUCUCCGCGCAAUUCCCCGCGGAUACCGCGUCGCCGUCUCUCAGAGCUGCCACCCAGCUCGCUGCAGCAUGCGCCCGCUCCAGCCCCGGCCCAACGCCGCCGGUCGGAAGGUAUUGUGCGUCGAGAAUCUUCGCAGUGGGCCGUGCCAAACUCGGGCCUCAUCAAGCCCCGUCGUGGCUCCCAUGCCCGGGCCCGUCAGCCCAUGGACAUGCUGUCUUUGGCUCAGCUGUACAAGUGA